AAAUGUUUCCGUUGUAAUCGUAAACGUACAAAACUUUACUUUUCGAAUUUCAGAACACAUUCUGUUUUGGAAACAUAUUCAAAAAAUGUUUCCAUUUUACGGAUCUCUGCGCUUGCUUGAAGUUUAGGCCACUACGAAAAGUAGGCGGCGCUCCAGAACAGAACCAUGGCGCAGGAAAGUAGCUCGGACAUUGUCCAGUGCCCUGUGUGUCUGCGUGAUUUUAAAGCGGCUGACAUAAAUUCUCAUUUGGAUAACUGUUUAUUGCAAGCUGAGGUGAACGAACAGGAACCAGAAUCAGAGAGUAGUGGCGAGCCACCACGGAAAAAAACAGUGCACCGCGGAGCCGUGUCCUGCAAUGUCGUCCUGGGGCGCCAAGGAGGGCAGUGGCGCUCCUUCCACAUCAGUGUUUUCUCUUUUCCAGAAAGGGAAGCCUGGUACUACUGGUGCCAGUGAUGCGCCUGGAUUUUUCUCCAGCAAACGUACCACUUUCGAGAAGUCGGAGGAGGCAGGCCAUUUUGCGAAUAACCACAAGUGGGGAAAGAGAAGCGCUCCAGGCGUGGACGUGUCAGGUGACCAACUUCGUUCCAAACCUGCGCAGGAUGGACUUGCAACGUUGGGGACCCAAACGAGGGAGAAAUUAUACGACAGUAAACCUUUAGCAGAAAAAAUGAGACCUUGUACUUUGGACGAUUAUUUUGGACAAAACAAAGUUUUAGGUGAAAAUACCCUUCUUAGAUCACUGUUAGAAACGCAAGACAUCCCCUCAUUGAUGCUUUGGGGACCACCCGGGUGCGGUAAGACAACUUUGGCACAUAUUAUUGCUACCAAUAGCAAGAAGAGUGGCAAUUCUCGAUUUGUUACCCUGUCAGCAACCAGUACAUCAACCAGUGAGGUGCGGGAAGUGAUCAAGCAAGCUCAGAAUGAGCUGAAAUUAUUCAAAAGGAAAACUAUCCUAUUUAUUGAUGAGAUCCACCGCUUUAACAAAUCACAGCAGGAUACGUUCCUGCCUCACGUUGAAUGUGGCACAAUCACUUUGAUUGGAGCAACAACAGAGAACCCUUCUUUUCAGGUGAAUGCUGCUCUUCUGAGUCGCUGCAGAGUCAUUGUGCUGGAGAAGUUGUCUGUGGAAGCAAUGGAAUCUAUUCUGGCUCGGGCAUUGGAUUCCCUUGGGAUCCAAGUACUGGAACAAGAGGGUGAUGACAGUGCCAGCAUUAGAGACAUCAGUGGCAGCUCAGAACCCUCCAUAUAUAUUGAGCAAAAAGCUUUAAGCACCAUAGCACACCUGUGUGAUGGAGAUGCCCGAGCUGGAUUAAAUGGCUUGCAGCUUGCAGUACAGUCAAGACUGAGUGCUGCAAGGCUAGGACAACUGAAGCAAGUUAUUGUUCAGGAAGACCACAUUAAAGAAGGACUGCAACGAUCACACAUAUUAUAUGACAAAGCCGGUGAAGAACAUUAUAACUGUAUUUCUGCAUUGCACAAGUCCAUGAGAGGUUCUGAUGAGAAUGCUGCCCUGUACUGGUUGGGCAGAAUGCUGGAGGGUGGUGAGGACCCUCUUUAUGUUGCAAGAAGGCUUGUGAGGUUUGCAAGUGAAGAUGUAGGUUUAGCAGAUCCAAUGGCUUUAACCCAUGCAGUUGCUGCCUUUCAAGGCUGUCAUUUUAUAGGAAUGCCAGAGUGUGAGGUGCUCUUAGCUCAGUGUGCUGUCUACUUAGCCAGAGCCCCAAAAUCUAUCGAAGUAUACAGCGCUUACAACAGAGUGAAGGAAUGCCUGAAGAGUCACAAAGGACCCCUGCCUCCUGUUCCCCUGCACCUUCGCAAUGCACCAACAAAACUCAUGAAGAGUCUUGGCUAUGCCAAGGGUUACAAAUACAAUCCUUCUUUCACAGAGCCUGUAGAGCAGGAUUAUCUACCAGAAGAAAUGAAAGGUACCAAUUUCUUCCAAAGGAAACCAAAUAACUUUUAGGGCAGCACCCUUUAAAUGCAAAUCAUAUUUUUCAUUUGCACUGCACCCUUUCCUUUCUGUCUUUGUUCUUCUGUGAAGAGCUAAAGAGUUAGAAGAGCACUUUGAAUUUAAAUCAACAGGCUGUCUUUGCUAAGUCUACCAAACAACCAAUAAACGAGCAGAAGAUCCUUGUAAGCUAAUGAAGUUUGUCAGAAUAUGGCAUUUUCAGUCUCUACUGCCUGUUCACCUUGGAUAUUUAAAAAGCCACUGUGAUUGCAGAUGUGAAUUAUAGUUCAUUUAUGAACAGCUAAUUUUAUGAAGAAUAAACUCCUGUACAGCUUUGAAUUUUUGGUUGUUUUGUAUGUCUUUCUUAUUUUAUAUGUUAAAAAAACAAAAAAUAAACAAUUUAAAAUUAAAAA